UAAUUACACACUUACACAGCUACGCAGUCGGUCACUUAUACUAUGACCCUGUUAUCACAUCACGUGUUAACGUGUGUCACCUUGGUAACAGGUGUUACCUUGGUAACAUGAGCUGCCCUGGUAACAUGAGCUGCCCUGGUAACAUGAGCUGCCAUUAUCUUAAACGUAUUGUGGGAAGCAAAGCUCAAACUAACAGUUAUACUGAAGCUUCAGUUUUGAGAUCUCUUCUAAUAAAUGUUUAGAAGAUUAAGUUUCGUAGUUUAAUAGCUUUACGUGGCUAUAUAAUAUCAGCAUCCGAAUACCUUAUUAACAUUAAGUUAAACCUGUUUCAAAUUUGAUAACCAUAUUCGCUUGUUUUCAAUUUUCUGGGUUACUACCAACACUUUUUAAAAGCUUGUUUCUUCCUGAUGUAACCAAAGCGAAAAGCUCUUCAAAUAUUUACACUGAAAUUUAGAUCUCGAACUUGUAUUAAUUUUGUUUUCUAGUGAUGAUUGUUAAGCGGAAACUUCGUACGGUCGUUAACUUUUUAGUAAAAUGGAGCAGCAAAAUGUUCCAGAGUUUAAAAAUGAAAUGGAAGAAGAAAGUAUUUCACCGGAAUUGAUCAAGACAGAGAUUAAGAAGGAGGAAGAUAAUUUUCUUGUUAAAUCAGAAGUGUAUUCAAAUGCAGUAUCUCAGUUGGAUUGUCCCAACCAGGAAUCAGAAUUGCUUCGCUACCAGUGGGUUCAUCCCAAUGAAAAUGCUUACAUUCGCUCUGAAUGUUCCUACAAUGCAAGCAAAAAAACAGCUUUAGUUUCACAUCAACGGACUCAUACCGAUGAAAAACCGUAUAAAUGCUCCGAAUGUUCCUACAGUGCAAGCUUAAAACAAAACCUAGUUAAACAUCAGAGGACUCAUACCGAUGAAAAACCGUAUAAAUGCUCUGAAUGUUCUUACAGUUCAAGCUUAAAACAAAACCUAGUUAAACAUCAGAGGACUCAUACCGGUGAAAAACUGUAUAAAUGCUCCGAAUGUUCCUACAAUGCAAGCUUAAAACAAAACCUAGUUAAACAUCAGAGGACUCAUACCGGUGAAAAACCGUAUAAAUGCUCCGAAUGUUCCUACAGUUCAAGCUUAAAACAAAACCUAGUUAAACAUCAGAGGACUCAUACCGGUGAAAAACCGUAUAAAUGCUCUGAAUGCUCCUUUAGUACUCGCUGGGAAUCAAGCCUGGUUGGACAUCAGAUGACUCAUACCGGUGAAAAACCGUACAAAUGCUCCGAAUGUUCCUUUAGUACUGGCCGGAAAUCAACCCUAGUUGGACAUCAGAUGACUCAUACCGGUGAAAAACCGUUUAAAUGUUCCGAAUGUUCCUACAGUGCAAGCUUAAAACAAACCCUAGUUAAACAUCAGAGGACUCAUACCGGUGAAAAACCGUAUAAAUGCUCUGAAUGUUCCUACAGUGCAAGCUUAAAACAAAAUCUAGUUAAACAUCAGAGGACUCAUACCGGUGAAAAACCGUAUAAUUGCUGCGAAUGUUCCUACAGUGCAAGCAUAAAACAAAACCUAGUUAUACAUCAGAGGACUCAUACCGGUGAAAAACCGUAUAAAUGCUCUGAAUGUUCCUACAGUGCAAGCAUAAAACAAAACCUAGUUAAACAUCAGAGGACUCAUACCGGUGAAAAACCGUUUAAAUGCUCUGAAUGUUCCUACAGUUCAAUCCGAAAAUCAGAUCUAAGUAAACAUCAAAUGAAUCAUACCGGUUGUGUUGGAGGACCCAUUUUUGUUAAGCCUCUACCUUUCGUGAAGCCACUCACAUUUGUAAAGCCUCUGAACUUCUAUGACCCCUAUCUUUCCAGUUCCAGCUUACCUCCCAGUUCCUUUUCCAGUCACCUACCUGAAUCUCACGAGCCUCACCCUGCAGAUCCUCUCACCUUCUCACCUGGUGAAUCUGUUUUCACACCUGCUCCCACUGUCCCACUUACCUUAUACUCUACAACAUUUCCUUCCCCCUCUCAUAUUUCCUGCCAGUUCAGCGACCAUUGGGUGUAAAUCAAAAUGUAUGUGAUAUGUUAUGAUGGGAAGAGGACGAUGUUUCUCGUUCAAUUAGCACAAUGCUGACUUAAAGGGUCUAAUAAAUCCUAGUAGUUUUAGUUUUACAAUGUAUAUUGGGGGGAUUUGAGACAAAGUAUAAAUUAAAACUGUCUGGUUUUAUAACGUUAAGUAAUUAUAAUCAAUAAUCAGGGAAUAUUACAAAAUCUAUAUUAAUGUUAUUAAAAUUUAGUGUAAUACUUUAUACGUUAGUAUUUUUAGUUUAUUAAGUUUUCGAGCAACUACAAAAUGCUUCACCUAACCUUCUUCAUAUUUCAAUUUCAAUUUCAAUAUCAUACACUAUUGUUUCAAUUAAAUGUAGUUUUGGUUUAGAGAGUAACCUUGCCGGUCCAGAAUCAGAUAACUAGAUGUUUAGGCAAGGUGUUUGGAUAUGGGACACAUAACUACCGUCCCGGCCCCUGUCCAGUGGCGUUGAGUUAUAUAUGUUGCCCGAGCCACUCCACGCUGGGUGGCUACUAAACGUUUGAAGAAAAAUGCAAGCUAUAACCAGCUAAUAACAAUUCUUGAGAAAGCUGGCAUUAUCCAUGCCUUGAAUAUGGACUAUUGCCUAAUUGAUUCUGUAUCCAGUCUUCCGAGAGUGAAACAUUGGGAAAAUUGAGAAAAUUGGAACAAA